CUUGGCACUUGGUGACCGUGGAGCAGACUCCUCAUUUUGUGUGUUGUCAGUCAUCUUUGUUAUUUCCUCUCUUGUGAGAAAACAAAAAUGAGCUACGAGGACCAGGAUCAAAGCUGCAAGGCCCCGGAGGAGCUGUGGGUGAAUCACAUGGAUACUCUCCAGAUAUGAGGCAAACACAGUCAAGUCAUCAGGGCGCUAGAGAUCCUGCUGGGAAGGGGACGACUCAUUAGGGAGGUUAAAGUGAACUCAAAGCCCCGGAGUGGAGAAAGAAGAUGGAGCCAGAGUCACUGCAGGUAAAAGACACUGUAAGACCUACAGCACAGCCUUCAUAGGAGAACUCAGAGGCUCUUGCCACUCCUGCUGCACUGCAAAGAACUUUCCUGGAAAAGCCUUAUAUUCCUGGAAAUGUCCUCUCCAUUAGCUGUCCCCAGUGUGAUCCAUGCAGGUCUCUUAUUGCUGCAGACUGUGCCUUCUUCUUGCUGUGCUUGGUUUCAUCUCUAAAAGAGCAUAUGAAAAGGCUGCAGCUUCAUACCCUCCCUCCCUGUGAGGUGGGAAACAGUUUAUAAAGCUCUUGUGGCACACAGUGCUUUGUUGGGUGAGAUUUGGCAGCUCCCUGUGCUUACAUCCCAUCAGCAUGAGGCUGUCCCUUGGACUCAGCUUCCUCCUGGCUUUCCUGGACCCAGGGACCUGCCUCCAGUGUGAGAUAUGUCACAGUAUAGGAAAAAGCUGCUCUGGCCCCAUGAAAACCUGCACUGGUGGUGAAGAUACUUGUGGCAUUAUUCUGCAUGAAGUCCUAAUAGGGGGAAUGGCCAUCUCUUCAUCCAUCAAGUCCUGCCUGCCAUCCCAUGUCUGCCACCUUGGUCCUGUCACCGUGAACUAUGGGAAGGUGAAAGCAAAGAGCCACUUGGUUUGCUGCACAGGCGAUGACUGUCGGACCACAUCUGUGUCAUUGCCACCAGAUAAUGAUGUGCCCAAUGGAUACCAGUGUCCUGCCUGCUACAGUGUGGACUCCUUUCAGUGCAGUAAUGAAGUUGUAAACUGCACUGGAUCUGAAGACCAAUGUGUUGACCUUGCUGGAUUAAUGAAUGCUGGUGGACUGUCUCUGAAAGCUGCCAUGAAGGGUUGCACCACCAUUUCUGAAUGCAGUAUGGUAGGAGAUGGAAAAAACAGCCUGGGGAUGAUGGACAUAAAGUUGAAACGGUUCCAAUGCAGACCAGCUUCUGCUGUGUACAGCGUGGUGUACAGUGCUGGGAUUGCCCCUCCACACACAGCCUUCCUUCCUGUCCUAUCAGGAUUCAUCCUGGAGAAGGUACUUUUCUGACUCUCACUAGUGCUGGGUUGAGCAAAACCCACAGCAAACCCCAGCAGUGGUUUGCAACUUAGCCCUUUUUGCUGUAGCUUCUUCUGCAUGGGGAUUUUAUUUUCAGAUUAGCUUUUCUUUUAUAUUUUCACAGAAUAAAGACAGCACUUACACA